AUGGUCAAGAAGCGAGCAUCCAACGGUCGCAACAAGAAGGGCCGCGGCCACGUUAAGCCCAUCCGCUGCUCUAACUGCUCCCGAUGCACUCCCAAGGACAAGGCAAUCAAGAGAUUCACUAUCCGCAAUAUGGUUGAGUCUGCUGCCAUCCGUGAUAUCUCCGAUGCCUCCGUCUUCCCCGAGUACACUGUCCCCAAGAUGUACUUGAAGCUCCAGUACUGCGUCUCCUGCGCCAUCCACGGCAAGAUCGUCCGUGUCCGUUCAAGGGAGGGUCGCCGCAACCGUGCUCCCCCGCCGCGUGUGCGAUACAACAAGGACGGAAAGAAGGUGAACCCUAACCAGGCUGCCCCGAAGCAGGGUGUUGCCGCGUAA